AGUCUGCCUGUGUCUCGUCCCACUCACACUCUCUGUCAGAGCGCGGCGUUGACAGCCACUGGCCACUGAGCAGCCCACUCUGUCGGGGUUUGAGUCUCCAUGCAAGACUGUUGAAAAAAAAGCUCCUGAUUGUCCUUUUCUUUUAUUUGCUAAGGCAAACAAAGCAACCAAGCCCGUGCACGGCCAAGCAAGCACAACAAGUGACAAAAACCUCUGAAGUCAUUUUCUAGACUCAUCACUGUCUCUCAGCUCCCUGCACAAUGUCUGGAGAGGACGCACCUGCCCAGCAGCAAAACGCUGUGGACCAGAAGCAGGAGACCAAACCCGCCGAGGAGCCCAAAGCUGAGCCGGCCAAGACGGACUCCCCACCCGCAGCCGCUGCCGAAGCAGCGGCCACCCCCGCAGCGACCACCGAGAAGGCCCCCGAGGAGGAGACGUUCACGUACCGCGCCCUGGUGCUCACCGGCCACGGUGGCUACGAUAAAGUCAAGCUGCAGGUGAAGAAGGGGAAACCCACGCUAAAGGCUGGUGAAGUCCUGGUAAGGGUCAAGGCAUGCGGGCUAAACUUCGCGGACCUGAUGGCUCGACAGGGGCUGUACGACCGAAUGCCAUCCCCACCGGUCACCCCGGGGAUGGAGUGCUCCGGGUUGGUGGAGGCUGUGGGGGAAGAAGUGACGGACAGAAAAGUAAGCACACACGCGUCUAACACAUUUACUUUGAACUGAAAGUCGGAUAUGAAUGUGUUUGUGGCGUUGUUUAAGUGAUGAAUAUGUGUCUUACUUGUUUUUUGUGCUGAACUGCUACAUCUGGAUAUGGGCGUGUCAGGCUGAGCUCGCAGCUCAGGGUUCUGGUGGCGCUUUAUUACUCAUUAAAGACUUGAUGAAUUAAAUACUAACAGGAUAUAGUGAGGUCGUUUAAAAAAGAAUGAGUUUGCGCUUCACAUAAUGAUAUAAUUUAUGUGAGCUGUCAUGGGUGUUAGGAUUCAUUCAGUCAGUCAGUCGUGCGUAAGGAGACAGCACUUGUCUGGAAGUGGAGGAGAAAGCCUCGUAUUUUGCUGAGAGGUUCUUUCUUAGAGACAUGCACAAAGUAGAUGACGAGAGUUGUGUGAAAAAGCAGCAGCAAAAGCAGGCGUCGCCCCUCUUGUCCCCCUGAUAUCAAACCGCGUUGUACGUGCGCACUUUGGUUUAGCAUCUCGAAAGGGGGAGAAAAAGUUGCCAAUGCCGAAAUGGAGAUGAAUUCACGGUUUCGUUCGCGUGUGCUGUAAGUGUUAAGUCUGAACAAACACGUGCUAAUCCGCUAGAUGCUUUCCAGCCAUGCAGCACCUACGCCGCUCUGCGCUUUGAUGUGUGCCAAAGCGCGGAGAGCUGCGUCAAGGCAGCCAAAAUGAGACCGGAAACACGGCCGGUGUGCUUUCUAAAUAAAAGCUUUGAAUAACGCCGGAUUUUCCCUUCUAUUGAAUGUGUAAUAAGAGCAAAUCAUAAAUAGAAAACAGGUAGGUGGAUGAAAAGGUCAUUAAAAUGUGUGGACUCACCUUAGAGCAUUCACAGUAUUAAAUUGGACGUGUUUGUAGUUGUGGUCCUCACACCCAUCAGUUUAUCUUUAGCUCAAACAACCAAACGAUGGGAAACAGAAGAACAGCUUAACGCACAUUUAUCCAUUGCUAGAUCGCUGGAGAAAUCAAAUUCAUAAGGGAUUUUAUUUUGGAGACUGGCUUUAGGCGCCACUGGUCGUAAUGUAGCUGACUUGACUCGGGCGGCGGAGACAGGAGUCACCGACGCCUUUUGUUACCGGGAGCGACGGUGGCGGACAGAUUCAGUGAUUGGGAAGGGCGAGGCAGCAUCAGACAGCCUGGUGUGAGAAAGAGAUGAGCAGGCGUCCUCUUUGUCAACAUAAGAGUCUCAAUGUACAGCCAUCAAUACAUCUUCAUCAAAGUUCAUUUAGGCAUUCAAAGUGCUUUCUUUAAUGUUCAGCCAGUGUGUGAAGUGGUGAGGAGAAUUACUGUCACUUUCCUCCCUCCUUUUAAUCCGUAAAUCUGCUUCCUUGCAGUAUGGCAUCUCCACGUUGACGCCUUUGUUGGGAAUUUUGAAAACAAAGGCAUAAUAUUACACAUCAGCAAGUGAUGAAUCAUGCUGUUUGUUGUAAUAGCACCACAUUUUCUCACAUCAGCCUGUCAGUAUGUGUGGUUAACACCACGCGGAUCAUAUGAGGGGCACAAGAGCAGCAUCACUACAUCUGGCUGGGAGUGGCACAUAUGUCUGUCUGUCAGCCAUCAAUCCAUAUGGAUAGGGAAUAAAUACAAAGUGAUGGGACAAUGAUUGGUGAUAGGUCAGCCAAUCACAGCCACACAUCACAAGAGGCUGUGUUUCCAAAUGACUUUACAGCUUCUUUCCACAUUGUCAGUAAUGCAGAUUGGAUUUAAAGGUCAGGCACCACACAGACACACACAGGGACACACACACACACACCCAGACUCACUCACACACUUCUUGUCAUCUUGUCUGCAUCCCCCCUGCAGUCCUUAGUUUAUAGAAUUAAGAGCCAAUCUUGCUAAUGGAUGGAGAUCUCUGAGAUGGUUUGGCACAGAGCUAGCUAACACCGAGGGAAUGUGCUGACCCUGAUGGCACCGAAAUUUUUGGGAGGCUCAACAGUCACUGCAGCAUGAGCACACACACAUGUUCACAUACAGCCAGACAAAAAUGGGUGUGUCUGAUAGUCUCCUUACAGAACAGUGCACAGAAAGCUUCAAACUCACUCAAAAUGUUUUAUUAGAGAAAAAAUCAUAAACCCUGAACAGUCAAGUCAAGUUUGACUGAUUUUUAUCCUGACAGUGUUCAAGCACCGCACAGAACCCUGCCCAGUUUUUUCACUUUUUAUGGCUAAAUGAGAAAAAAACUGAUUAUGAUUUUCUCUGUAGUCCUCUGUCUUUGCCUUUUUUAUUGUUUCAUGGUCGUUUUUAUACUCACACUUAUUUACCACUGCAAGCCUCACAAUGUAAUUCAAUAGCUGCUGCAAAAGCAGCAUCCCUUAGAGGAGCAGUCGAUGUGAGUGAAGUAAUACUACAGUGUCCUCACCUCAAAUGACCCCAGAGGGAAGGCAGGGGAGAAGUGUAACAGUGAGUAAGCAAGGGAAGAUAUCACACUGAAGCUCCCCUGGCACCAAACCUCAGCACUUUUUUACCUCCAGGACUUGUUUAAAAUUUUCAUUCUCAUCCUCUUUGAGUUUUGGUCGGAUUUGACCCACAUGUUCUCAAUUACCUCCUUCUGGCCCACAUUGUCAGUCUGGUAUUUCCUCCAUCCCUCCUUCCAGCCCGCUAUCUCUCCUCCUUUUGUAUAAUCUCUUGAUUCUUCAUUCUGCUGUCAGUGGAUGCCUCUGUCAUGCUGCUCUCCCUUUAUAUCAGCAUCUGUAAAAAUGGCUGGCUGUAAAGCCUCAAGCCUCUACAUUUCUUCUUAGACUGAUGGUGCAGAGUUGAAAUGGGGUCUCAGGUAUCAAACAGAGCUGAAAAAGAAGGGACAGUCAGACUGUUUUUUGGUAGCAUCUGCAUAAUCAGGUGCAGUCAAGUGCAGAAAGCAGCAUGCAGCACAUAUGAAAGCAGGGCGUGGCCUUUAUCUUGUACCAUCUAACGAACCCUGUUAAAACAGGAUAACACCUACGCUGACACCAGAGAGAUAUUAGGUUUCCUUUUAAUCACAUUCACAGGAGUCAAGCAGCCUUCGCGGCCGUCAACAUCUAACCUUCAUCUCUCCUCGACCUGACUCGUGAAAACACUGUAGCAGAGAGAAAGAGUCUCGUCGUCCUUUUUUGCCCCCACUGAUAAUUUUUUGCUGAGUUCAUCAAAAUUCAGAGCCAUGAAGCAGCUGACUCAAGAGGCCUGCAUACCCCAAAAUUGAAUCACCAUCUGAUUAAGUCUAUUCAUAUACAGUUAACUGGAAGUGUCUUUGUUCACUUGCCCCCCCGCACUCUUGACCCCGACUGGGACUACAUUAAGCAGUGGCCUGAAAGCUGAGAGAGGAAAUGCAAGAAGUGAGUGUUUGUGUGUCACACUGCGAAGAUGUUGUAACAGAACUGUCACAAGGCAUGCUCUCUCUCUCUCUCUCUCUCUCUCUCUCUCUCUCUCUCUCUCUCUCAGCCUUGAAUGUUUCUCUCCCCUGAUUCUGUGACUGUCAGAAACUCACAUGUUCAACGUGGGCGCAGGAGAAUAGCUGUCGAUGCGUUUGAAUGUGUGAGUCAUAUUUGUGUGUGUUUCCGGUAAAAGCCUUAACACCCCCGUCUAUCGAUUUGGGCCCUCUGUAGUCGCAAUUACAGCAGCGAGGGUGAUGAGUUUGAAGAGUCGAAGAAAGGGGGGGGGGGGGCAGACGAGGAUGAAGUAUGGAGAGCGAGGGGAGGGAAGAGGAGCAGCUCUCGGUGGAAAAGUGAAAGUUUGAAAAUAAACUAAAUGACCAGGCUUCAGACAGAAAGAUGCGGCUCUGGAAAGAGAGACAGAGUCAGAGAAAGAAAGGGAGAGAGGGGGAGAUCUCUCUAAUUGGAGUGGAUAGACAGUGAGGCGCAUGGCUCCCUCCAGACCAUUAGAGAGGCCCGGGUGGAGCGGGUUUGUUCCCAGGAGGAGAGAGCUUGUCUUAUGCUCAUCCAUGGGGAAGAAUCUGGCAGGGUCUCUGAUGAGCACAGAGAGGCCAGGGGAGAAGAUGGGCCCCAUUGUCCUGUCUCACUGAUGAUCAGGAAGAAGAAGAGGGGAUGGCGGGACACUCCUAGCAAAGAGGACAGGGAAGACAAACCAAGACAGCGAAUGAUGAAGAAACAAGGAGGAAAGAGAAAGGGUCAGAAAGUCUGAGACACAGACAGGAUGAGGUGAGGGGUACAGGGGGAAGGGGAAGGAAGAUGUUCUAAAGUUGUCAGAGGAAAAGCAGUCAGGAAGUGAAAGAGAAAGAAGGGAAGAGAAAAAGUGAGAAGAAUGGAAACAUGGUGGGGAGGGAGAGCUGCGUCGAGAGGGGAGGAUAAGGGGGGAGGAAGAAAACAGGAAGAGAGUUAUAAUGCUGCUGUCGUCUCUGUUUCCUGUGUUCCUUGAGCGGGCGCUUCUGAUUGGUUGGUGAGGGGGUAAGUUUAGAUGGAGGUUGGUCCUUUUGAUAGAGACAGUGUGAAUCAAAGGAUCCGGCUUUGAUAAGGAUGGAUUGGAGGAAAGAUGGAGACUGUGUGGAGCGGCACGUAGAACGUCGUCUACGACAGGAACCUCCAUCCUCCUCAGAGUCAACAGUUUACAACCUCACUGUGACAAACAUGAUCACCUCUCUUGACUUUUUACAUUCUUCACAAAAGCAGCUCCUCCAGGUUUUGAUGGCUGCAUGUUUUCACAUCUGACAACAGUAAACCACAAUCUUAUUGCGCCUGCUGCACGGCUCACAGCAUUCCCACAGCGCCAAAGAAACCGUCAAGCUGCAGAUGGCAGGAAGCUCCAGACCACUUUAGGAUCUAGCAGUUAAACCUCCUGGGGUGCUGAGCUGCCAGGAGAUCCUGUAAAAGCUCAAGAGGUUAAUAAGCUGUACUGGAGUUUAGUUUUAAUUCAAUCAAAUAGUUUUAAAAUGGGACUUUUUUAACCCUCUUGUUCCCACACUGCUGUUGAAGUGAAAACUCCUCUUGACCCCCUGACAUAAUUCUGUCUUUAAAAAUAAGACUUGUCAUUCAUCUAGUUACUUCAGAUGUUGUGUAAUGUGUUCUGUAUAUAAAUGGUGAUUGUGAAACAUUCAGCCACCACUUUCCACUUCACUUUUUUAGUGCCAUCAGGCAGUGUUUUCCAACCCUUUUUUAGAUGUUUCCCCACAGGAGUGUCACAGUAUGUCUGCUCAAAGUAGUAGUAUGCGCCAAAAUGUAAUUUCACUACACUUUAUAUUUCAUACUUGAUUAAACAAGUAAUUUAACCAACAAAGUAACCAACAAAAACAACCUUUGUAGGUCUUCACUGUGUUAGAAACUUUUUUGACUUCUGUCCUGUCCCAGUAGGGCUGCACAAUUAAUCAAUUUUAUAUUGUAAUCGGAUUACUCGAUUAUGACUAUGUUAAAAAAAAUUAAAAUCAUCAAAUCGAUUUUCCUCCCUAUCAUGUCUCACGCCUCCAGGCCACCGUAGGCUUCCCCUUCCUGUGCUUCCCAGUUCCCCAGUGUAAACAAACAUGGCGUUUGCAAAAGAAGGCGAGAGCAAGUCAGUCGUGUGGAAUUGGUACGGCUUUGCAUUUUUGGAUGAAGAGUAAACCACUCCCCACUGCAAAGUCUGUCUGAAGGUAGUAUCUACCUGUCCACACGGGAACGAAGUACUUUUGAAAACGGGUCAGAAAGUGCAUCAAUCCGUAAACGACUGCCAUCUUAUCUCUGUGUAUACUUAUCUGCAUCUCUCUCGAAACGAUUCUGUGACACACAGCAUAACUAUUUUACAGUCGCCGCGUGUGUUUGGCCAAAACAACCUUUAUAUGCAUCCUCUGUACUCUUCUUCUGUCUUUUGUGCGUUUCCUGGGCAGCGUUACAGCGCUACUCACUGGCUUGGCAUAUGCACUACAUUGCUUUCAGUGGUUUCGUUUUGAGAGAUGAUAAGAAAAACGUACUAUUUUCAAAGUCAAGUUUGGUGAAGUUGUCACUAAAUGAAAAAUUGAAAUAGAAAAAUUGAGUUUUCAGAGAAAAAAAACUGGGAUUUUAUUUGUGGCCAAAGUUGUGCGGCCCACUGUCCCAGUCACUAAAUUUGUGAGAUUCUUCUUGAAAAUAGCCACUAAAUCUGUGAAUUUUAUCGUGUGAUUAAUCAUGGGACAGGAGAAGAUUUCUCGGUAAAAUGUUGCAGUAACAUUUUCAUUGGCAAGUGCAUUGUGGUUUAAGUAUUGACCAAUGAAAUGACAGGGCUGAUAAAACUGCAAACAGUAAGUGGUGAUGGGCAAUCGGAGGUGGUUAUAAAAAUGAUCAAAUGAAUGACAGCUGAUAAGAAUAGCCAAAGAGUGGUAUUGUAGUGCUAUUGGACAGAUGACCUUAACAUUAAGAUAUCUUUUUUCCAUUCUGUCAGGUAGGGCUGUAAAAGUAUCUCCAAUAACAUGUCCUGUAAGGACAGAAUAUCUUAAAAACAGGAUGCCUGUUGCCUGUGCAAACCAGGGGUAUUUUUAGAAUAUGUGGACCCACAGUUAUACAAACAUACAGUAUAUAUAUGUCUAUGCCAUGAAGAAGUCUCACUAAUAUGAAGACUACAUGCUCAGUAAAUACUCUGUAAGGGCAGUUACAGUGUGUAUUGUUUUAAAUAGAAACAGGUUGCAAUUCGAAACUCAGUCUUUUUCCAUAUAAAUGGUGAAUUAUGGACAUUGGAGGACAGCCAAUCACAGCAGGAUAUUAUGGCUGGGUGAGCGCAGAAUGGUAUGGGAAAUAAAGAGUUGGCCCAUCAUGCAAAAUAUAGUCCAGAGCUCCAAUAAUUUAUGCUGCUAUCUCUGCUCAUGUACUCAUAAACUCUUUGACUCUGAGACUUUUUUUUAUCAUACAGCAAAGAAAGUUGCCCCUAGAGAAGAGGAAUCACUUUUUUAGCAUUUGUUAAUUGCUUUCAUUACCUGGAAAUAAUGUACAGUUCUUUGCUUUACCCUCCUCUUACCCUGUAUCCUCCUUCUGUUUCAGGUUGGUGAUAAGGUGAUGGUGCUGAACCGCUUCGGUCUGUGGCAGGAGGUGGCCGUGGUGCCUGCUAGCCACACCUUCCUCAUCCCCGAGGGCAUGAGCUUUGAGGAGGCCGCAGCCCUCCCUGUGAACUACAUCACUGCCUACAUGAUGCUGUUUGACUUUGGCAACCUGAGGCCAAACCAGAGCGUCCUCGUCCACGCUGCUGCAGGUAAAAAAAAAUAAAUAAAAAAGAAGAGUGACAGAUAGACAGCAUUGCAUUAAAUCUUUGAUCUAUUGUCAUUCAGGAUGUGGCAUGGAUGAAACAUCCUCCAGUAAGGAGAACUCACUGCAAUCAUGAAUGAAUUUAUAAUAAGAUGAUUAAUUAUUCAUUCACAAACUACAACACUCUUUGUUUAACCCACAGAAUUAAAGGGGGAUGACAUGGUGGUUUCCUCAAAGUAAAGCAAAAAAGAAUUAAAGGAGCCACUUACUGCAGCCUCCCCCAUGUUACCAAAUGGGACAUGAGUCAAACUACAAAAAUCAAUAUACUCAUCAAUAUGUUUUACACAAGCAUGGUUUCUGCCUUUACAGUUUUGUUUUAUCAUGUUGAUUUAUUUCCAAGUAAAUUAGUUUCAUUUGAUUAUUUAAUCCCUAAGAAGUCGUGGCUUUUAAGUAAAAAAGCACGACCCAAAGCUUCAAUUAAGUUUCAUGUUACUGUUCAGCAGCAGAAAAGCACAUUCACUCUGUUUCAUUUCAGUGCCAAACCCUGUUUGAAGCCCAAAUAAAGUCAAUAUAAUACACCCAGCCUUUCAUGCAGAUGUAGAUUUACAAGUCUUAGUAGAAGCGCCACAGAGAUGCACAGCUCAUUUUUCUUCUUUAAGAGAAACGCCCUUGAAUGUUUAUAGCGGAUAAGCUCCUCCUGUUGAAGCUUUAUUUUUCUAUAUGAAUUAUGACUGCAGAAGGUCCCAGAGUUCAUUAGUAUGAGGAAUGGCUUUGUGAUUCUCACCCGCCAAGGCUACAGUUCGACUGGAGCACCUGCCACCUGCAUUCAGGGGUCAGAGGUUAGCAUGAGUGGGUGGGAGAAAGAUAUGGAUGUGGGGAGAAAAAGCACCUGUUUUGGGGUGGGAUGCAUUUGAUUUUUGCUGUGUUUUCACAAUCAGGCCAGCUGGAUGGAACGGGGGGUGCAUUAGCCAAAAGAAAUUGCUCUCCCGCCUGUUUCUCUUUCACUAUCUGUCGGUUGUGCAGCUUUCACGUCUCUGCUUAUUCCCACUCUUUCUGUGCCGAGGGAGCUGGAUUGGGAUCCCUCUGCAUUUGGGACAGAGUGUGGGUGUGAGUGAAGCAAGCACAUAAUGGAACCUGAGCCUGUUUUUUCUUUGGGAGAAAAAAUGACAAAGAGCUUUUAGUCCAGGUGGAUAAUUCCCUAAGCUAGGAAACAAUACAAUAUUAAAAGGAUAAUUUGUAAGAAAAGCAUUAAAAUGUGCAGUUUCCCCAGAGAAAGAGGCAGUGAACACUCUCAUAGUUGUGGGAUUGGUGGUCUACAGAGGAAUCCAAAAUACUUUUGUUCCUUAUAUCACCCUGCUGAUGUCACAUGUGUUUUUUUUCUGUGCGUAGUAUGUGCACUAGAGGAGGAAUUCAAGGAAGUGUGGGGUAAGAGAUACUUUCCCUGCUGGUUUGGUCAAGGCGGCGUCUCUGGUUUCUGGCGGCGGAAUGCCAGUGUUGGCUCACCGGCUGUCCGGACAUCAGGAUAGCAAAAGCACAUUACUGAGGCUAUGACAAAAACAUUUGCUCACCCGUCUGCUUCACUGAACUCAGUCCUUCUCUGCGUGUGCAAGUCAUUAUCUAUCGCUGACCCUUAGUGAGAGAUUUUAACAUGAGCAUGUUAGCAUGAUGGUUGUAUCUGUUGUGGAAAAGGUGUUAGCAGUGUGAGAGAUUGUCACAUGCUUCUCUUAACAGUGUUUCAGUGGGUCAUGGGCUGUAUGGCAAGCGUAGUGUGUGUGUGUGUGUGUGUGUGUGUGUGUGUGUGUGUGUGUGUGUGUGUGUGUGUGUGUGUGUGUGUGUGUGUGGGUGAGUCUGGUUAGCAAGAUGAAAAAUUUGUGCUAGGCCAGAAAGUGAGAUAGAGAGCAGAUGAAGCGAAACCAAGAAUGCGUGUCUGAAGUUUGAUAUUUUCUAAUAACAUGAAAGACAUUUUAAGCUUUUUAAAUGUAUUAUUGUUUGGAAACAUGGGCUUUAAUGGGGCUUCAUUGAAUUUUGUAGCCGGCCUCUAGUGGCCACCAGACAAACUGCAGUGCCUGUUUUUUUUUACAACUUUUCGGCACCUUUUCAUAGUAUCUUUACAUCUUCGAAAUCAAAUAACUACAUGAACAAUUAACAAUUAAACAGGAUUUAACAAAUAUGACUGGCAGUUGAAAUUUGAAGCAACCUUUGUGGUCCCUAAAUUUUCCCCCAUGAAUGUCUUCGGCUUGAAAAAGUCAAACACUAAGACUUUUAUUUCAAAAAGUAACUCAUCUUGAACAUCUUAUCCUGGUUUAAUCCUUUAAUUUUAGGGUUUUCUACCCUUGAUAUCAUCAAAACGACCUCUGCCCUCUAGUUAUGUGUCCUUGAUUAUGUAACAGUUCACUGCAAUGCUUAACAUUAAAAAGGAUUUUCACCACACAUACUUUAAUUAAAAUUCCUUUAUGGACCCAAUUUCUUCAAGAAUUAAGCCAAAGUCUGUUUCCAGUUAACAUCAGGAUACAGAGCUGGUAUUGUGUUCAGAUUGUGAAACAGCAAUUAAAAAGUUCUGUGUUUGACCCUGCCUUCAGCUUCAAUGGACAUUUAAGAUAAUCACACGCAGUAGUUCUGUGUGGACACGCUGUUUCAUGUGACUUUAAGACUGACGAUUGCACAGACAGUCAUAUAUCCCUGCAGACAGCAGGGAUGUUGUGCUCUAGACAUGCCUACACAACUCUGCAUUCCUGCUGGAUCAGUUUAUGUUGUGUGAAGAUAAAAUAGUAAGCUUUUUAUCUCAGGAGUAGGAGUAUCCGUGGUGCAGACGACAGACAGUAUUUGUUUUUUCACCCUCGGUCACAGUUUGGUAAUCAUGAUUCAAACCAGCGUAAUUUUAAUCGAAGGCCAUAUGAGAUCAGCAGCUGUGUAGCAGAAACAGACUCAGUAUUUUAGGAGCCAUGAUAUGUAUCAUUAAUCUUUUCAUCAAAGCAUCUUUUAUAGUGAAUGCUUCAGGGCUUCGUCAUCAUUUCAUCUGUGUCACGGUUGGCCUGUUUAUUCCCCAAUAAAGAUUUAAUCAACUAAUGUGAUCAAAUUAGGAAAAACAUCCUCUUACCUUCAAUUAUUUUGAGAUGACUUUUCCCCAAAGCUCCUGAUAUAUGAGCUAAACAGAUCAUUCAUCUCAAAAGUAUAUAAUUGAAUGAUAUUCAUCUAAUAUUGUUAUCCCAGCAGGUGCUAGAUUGGUUAUGACCCUGUAAUUAGUAUCAAAACUGGUCCUUAAUUUACAAAUAAAAUAGCUGUGCACACAGGAAAGCUGACAGGACAGUAUACAUAAGGGAAAGGAGGAGGGAUUUUACUGGAAUAACAUGAACUGUGACUAUAUGACUCAGUCUUUUCCAUAUCAGGGGAAGUUUUCAGACGUCAUGAUGGUUUCAAGAGAUGGUCUUUUUCAGAAGUGAACUUUUUUUAUAUUAAAACCAAGUGUUUGAUUUUUACACACUGACGCUAGCUGAGCAAAUAGAGAAGACAGGUGGAGGGAAAAGGCAAAUAUUACCCAUAACCUGCUGUUUUGUAGUCAUUAAUACAGCUUUACUACUGCCAAACAGAUUUGUGACAACUUUUUUUGCAUAAUCGUCAUGUGAAUUCUUGCUACAGUGGAAAUGCAGACUACAAUGGGCCAGAGGUAUCAUUUAGUUCCUGGAAACAAAAGUUCUUAGUAUUUGUAGUCAAAAUGUGCCUACAGCAUUUCUUAGAAUGGAGACUGAUAAUAAACUAGCCUGGAUUAAACCAGGAAAUGUCUGCAUCCGACAGAGAUUCAUGGACGUUACCAAUCCUGACCAAAGACAGACUACAGGUAGAAAUGAAACUCUGAUUGAUAAAUUUACCUGUCUUAAAUAUUACUAAUGUUAGCUGAGGCAUGUUAGCCGUGUGUGUGUGUAGUAACCUGUUGAUCUGUGUAAAAGGGCCUGUACAGAGCCACCACGAUGGAUGAUAUCACAUGACUCAUCAAGAGCUCUCAUUAAAGAGCAUCAUUUCCCUCUGAGGAGGGUGACUAGAGCGUGGCUGACCGGUACUGAGCUUUGGUCAUGCUUUUGUGUGUGUGUGUGUGUGUGUGUGUGUGUGUGUGUGUGUGUGUGUGUGUGUGUGUGUGUGUGUGUGUGUGUGUGUGUGUGUGUGUGUGUGUGUGUGUGUGUGUGAGAAAGUGAAUAGUCCUCAGUCUCUCGCGGCUCUGCUCCUGUCCUCUCUCUCCAAACAAUAGCUUGUUGUAUUUCCUCCCAUCGUGCCUCCCUUUCCCUGCUGCGCCACACAUCUGUAUCCUCCGUUCUCCUCAUCCUCCUCAUCCUCCUCACCCCCCGUCCUCUGGCCUACAUGACCUCCACUCCUUCUGCUCUCUCUUUGUGACCUUGAAACAUUACUCUUUUGCUCUUCAUCAUCUGUUGGGAACAUGCACACGCUCCACCGUUUGUUUUCCCCCGAGGACUUGGGUGGGGGGAGUUUGGUGACAUUUGGAUGUAUCUCGUGGGUCUUCCUCUGUGCUCCGGCCAACAUCCUUUCCCCUGACCUCUCCCUGAACUGGUCUGAAUGUUUAUGAACCCAGGCCAGCACCCCCCCUCACCACCACACCCACACUACACAUUCCUGCAUACAUAAGGGGUUCUUCUGCUUCCAAUGAUGACGUCCACCUAGAUUGUAUUUAUGAGUUUUCCUGUGACUGCAGGACGACGCCAAGUUUCAUGCAUUGUGUUACAGAUGUGGAAUGCACAAUAUCAAUUAGGUGGAGUUAUGGGAGGCUUUUGUCAUCAAUUCAUCUUAAAUUCCUGCUCAUGAACGGUGUGUGUGUGUGUGUGUGUGUGUGUGUGUGUGUGUGUGUGUGUGUGUGUGUGUGUGUGUGUGUGUGUGUGUGUGUGUGUGUGUGUGUGUGUGUGUGUGUGUGUGUGUGUGUCAGGACUGUCUGACAUUUUGGCACCAACACUGCCAGAGCUUGUGGUUUAAUUACAACCUGUAGGAAAUCAUUCUCCCUAAUGGAAAUAUGAGGUGCUAUGGACAGCUAAAUAGCAUAUGUUAUCAAUCACUUCUUCUCAUAAUGCUCUUCAUAUAUACUCAGCUCUGUUUAAUCACUAUGAUGUUAAAUCUUUUAAUUUCACGAUAACUAACUGCAGUGUUUCACCCACUUUUAAAGUUUUUAAAGUGGUCUGACCUGUUGCCUCAUAGCAACACAAUCCCUGCUUCAAAACCCAGCUGGAGGAAGAACUUCCUUUUUCAGGCAGAAAACUCAAGCAGAACCAGACUCAUGUUAGACAGUCAUCUGUUGAGACUGAGCUGUGUUGGAGGUAGAAAAAACAGAGAGAUGGACAGAGGAGAGACUGAUGGCCAUAGUUGAAGCAGCCGUAAAGCAGGCAGGUCCACACCAGCAAAAAGUCUGCAGCAGCGAUCCAGAUCAACCUACAGGAUGAUGGAGCUCAGGGACACCCAGAAAAGACGCCAGUUGGACAUGAUCAAAGGUUCAUGAUACAGAGAAGGAAGAAGAUGUGCUUAAAUAACCGUAACCACCACUCAUUAACAUAAUCUACCAUUCCAGUAACACUGAUUGCUUACCAGCUGAGUUUAAUCCGUAGAAUAGUUACAUCUGCAAAUGAUUUUUAUACAAAUAUUCAUCAGGCAUUUAUUUUCUUUCCUGAUUUAUUUACUUCUUUGUUGCCAGCAGGGCCAUAGUGAUUACAUUCACUUCUUAAUUAGCAUGUCAGCUAUCGAAGACGAAUGAUAUUUACUGGAUUGUUUCAUUGAUGAACACAAAAAUGCAAUAAACAGGUCACUCAGAAAGGAAAAACUAUUAGACACUAGUCCUGUGUGUGGCCGGUUAAUCCCUGUGAGGUGUCCUCUCUCAUAUAGGUGGAUUCUUCAUAGAACAACACAUUUCCAACGAAAAAGUUAAAGUUAGUGAUGAUAUGGCAGCUGAAAACUCUGUAGGUACCUCCACAUACAAAAGUAAAGUUGAUCAAAAGUAAAGUCAACAGUAUGGAUGGAGGUAGAAAUUAUUACGUCUUAAAAGAGCUUGUAUUAAGCUGCUAUCCCAUUUAGCCUGAAAAUUAUCUUGUCUUUGAUUUUAGAGAUACUGUAAGGACAUCCUGUCAGUCUUGGUGUCCCCUGUUGUUUUUGGUUCUUCUACAUUUGUAAAUAUAUCUUAGAUGUAAAAUAACAUCCUGCUCUCUUUCUUUCUCUGUUAGUCAUGAAUAGGGUUAAAUAUUUAUUCCAGUGCGUUUCAUAAUCGGUUAAAGGUCCAGAGGAGCUUAACUUCCCUUUUAGAAAACAGACUUUUUUUCAGUCUUAUUUGUUUUGGAUGACUGCUUCAAGAAGCUAGUGAGAGGAAGACUGAGUCAACGCUGUGACAAACACAGAUGCUUUUUAGUGGGGUUUUGAGUGACUAUUUUAAGGUUUUUCUCACCUAAUCCAACUUGUCACUGUUUUUCUUUGCCAACUCUCUUUAGCCUCUCUUAAGCUCUGAUCUUAAUGUGAAAGCAUAAUUGAUAAUGAAUAGAAACUGCUCAGCUUCCUUAAAAGUUUCUGGUAGCCAAAUCAUAUGUUACUCUGCCCUCUGAAGUUUUAUAAUUAUCUUACUUAUUCAUAAUUCUGUCACAAUGUUGUUUAAAUAAAAGUUUCAUUUUCAACCAUUCAGUGGAAAAAUAUCCCCCAAAGACACAAAGACUGAUCAAUAGUUUUAGCUUUAAUCCACUUUCUUCUCUGGUCAUCACAAAGAAGAUAAUGUUCUGUAAUGUUGUGUUUUAAUCCUGUCCCAGUCAAGAGUCAAAACAGACUUUUUGACUCUUGACUAACCUUUUAACCCUUUUCUGAAUCAGAAUCAAAAUGCCCUUUAUUGUCAUCAUACUGGAAGUACAAUGAGAUUGGAGAGCUUCUCCAUUUCCAGUGCAAUAGAUUAGUAAAAAAAGAAAACUGAGACAGAAUUAAAAGUACAAAAUAGAAAAGAAAAAAAGAAUAAGUGCAAAUUUUAUACAAGAUAAUAUUCUUAAGUGCAGUGCAAACAGUGCAGUGAAAACUAUAUACAAGAAUAAGAAAGGAAGAUAAAUAUUAAGAAUUAUAUACAUAUAUAUGUUUAUACAUAUUAUUGAGGAAGUAUUCAACACAGCAGCAGUGGCAGUGUGCACUUUUAGUCACCUGUUUUAGUGAUCUGUUCUGUUGACCAAAGAAGCAGAUAUUUUCUUACACUGCUGGAUUCUCUUUUUUUGACUGAACUAUUCAAAAAGAAUAAUUUUCCUUUUCAGCUUUGAAGGUGAUCUUUCACCACAGACCAGGAUUUCUACUUUGCGGCCAAAACUACUCUGUAACUCUAUCAGCUGUGCCAGUAAAGAAAGGAUCAUCUCUGGCUCCUAACAUCCUAAAUGAAGUACAGAACUGCUCUACAUGCAUAAUGUUCUCUGCAAAAAUCCUGAAUUUUAUACAUAGUUUUGGUCUGACCUUUAGAGAUAAUAUCCCAUUGCAAUUCCUUUAAACCACAUCAUCUUAUAAGUCCAUCUUUAGCAUCUUAUUUCAUGAUAUUAAGAGCAAAAAAAGAGGUAAUCUCAGUUUCUCAAAAGGAGAUACUGCAUUGUAGGUAACAUAACAACAGAGUUUAAUCAUGAUGGGACCAAUAUACAAGAUUUUGGUGUCCUUUUCUGUGUGAAUGCAUAAAGUAAACUUAGUAAGGAGCUGGAUCUCUUGCGUUUUGGUUGAUCUCUUUAUUCUGGAUUGGAUUUCCUGUCAGUUGUGGAUGGGAUUAAUAUUUGUGCAGCUUUGUUUGCUGCCAGAAAUAUUUGACCUGUACAGAGGACAUAGAUUUUAAUUUGUCUUAUUUCUCCCAGGACUACCUCUUAGGUUAUUGCUGCCAUUCAUUUUUCACCAGCUAACAAAGCCUCUCCUAUGAUGUGUAUUAUAUCUCUCACUUUUAUCACCCAAUUGUUCCUGGGAGCCAUGAUCAAAUGGGUUUCUCUCGUCUCCUCCUACCCACUCUGUGUUCUCAGGAGGUCUUACCCUACUUUAGAGAAUGCUAAUUCAGUCUGACCACUGAGCAGGAGUCUGGGCUGCGUGGUUGAACCGUCUCUGUGUUCCCCAGGCCUGGCAUCGCCGGCGGCAGAUCAGCUGCACUGAUAGGAGAGGGAAACCAGGGCAACCUCCACUCUGACCCGCCAAUCACAUUACUCUCUGGUGCAGCCGUUGACAAAUGACCCCGGCCACCCCACCCCCGCUCUAACCACCGUACACAGUUGCAGGUGUAUGCGAAACACCUGUUUGUUGUGUGCAUGUGUGAACCUCCAGAAGUUGUGCAUAGGUGUGCACCGGCGCCAGUGUGCACUACAUUGCUGCAUGCUUCAUGUAUUUGUAGGUGUUGUGUUUGUGGCGGUUUGCAGUGUGAAAAUUCUGCCUCAGGAAAUCACAGGGACCACCUUCACGCUCAGGCAGAGGAUGUUUUUUUAAUCCACUCACCCACUAACUAAAAAUGGGCUUCCUUUAUUUUGCACAAAGAGAAAUGCGCCAUUAGUGAAAGCACACUAAAGUGCUCUUCAAGCUCUCUGUGUUCACACACACACACAGUCAUCCUAGAAAAACACAAAGGUUACAUAAUCCAGUGUAAUACCUCAAGAGUACAGGCUCGAAAACUGGCAACCGCAGCUCCUAUCCCCGAAACAGGACUCCGACCUAAACUCUGCUGUGGGGCUGCUGCAAUAAAAAGUGAAUUUACUCGGUUUGAUUUGGGUUUGUUGGUGUUGUAACGUAGCCACGUAAGUUCGGGUGAAAAAGACACGCUAGGAUCUGCAUUUGUGUUUCAUUCUUUGUCAGCCACUGAGGCCACGGGCUAAUGAUAGGUUCAGGAAGUCCUUGAGGAAAUGUGGAAAUAAAGUCAGGAGAAAUCACAUGAGAAAUAACGUGGCUCAAAGGCAACAGACCAGUCAUCUCUGUGGGGUUACUGUCACAGCAUGGCCACCAUAAUGUAAUUGUAAACUCGUACCAUUGACAAAAUAAGAUUUUACUUUUGAAUUUAGAUUAAAACCACACAUGAGAGCAGUGCCUGAGAGUAAGUUUGAAGACGUGCUUAUCAGGCAUCUUAAUUUCGACAUAUAAAUGAUCUCCAUGUCCUCGCUGACCCCUGCUGUUGAACUCUGGGUGUGGAGCAAUAACAGCGGCCUCAGUGUCAGCCUGGAAUCCGCUGUGUUUUGGGGAAAAUUCCUCUUCGCUCCUCACAGUCAUGAUAUGGAAGCCAAGUCCAAUUUGUGCCAAAAUGCAAGUAAAGAAGGGCUGAAGGGAAGACAAAACCCCACUGUGUAUCCUGUUGCUGCAGAGAGAAAAACAAGACGGGAAGGUGGAGGAUUUUUAAACAUUUCCUAAUUUUUAAGAGUCAGCCGUGAACAAGAAAAUAAAUGUUAUUAGCAGCAAGAAUUUGUCUGAGCUGCUUCCUCAUCCCUAAGCAAUGAAUUUAAGUGUUUGUGGAUGGUUCCUAAAUCGACACCUAAACACCCACCUAAAGAGAAAUGAUUCUGGUCCACAGAAGCAGCUCUAGAUGGAGAAACUUUACAUCAAGGAGUCAAGGAAAGGAAACAAGGAGGACUGAAGUAGGAGGUUAACCAAAGGUUAAUAUCUUAAUCUGUGCAUAUUUGUGAAGAUUAACCGAUACCAGCGCCAUUCAGGACUGUUCAAGACUGCAGCCAGCUCCUCUCUGCUUUAUGAUCUGUCUCUGGAUGUAUAGAUGUGUGUGUAUGAGUGUGUGUAUGUGUGUAGGUGUGUGUGAGCGAGCGAGGUUCUUGGCACAGAUCAGCAGUCUUGUGAUGAGAGAUCAGGAGUUUGUUCUUAGAGGAAUUCAGAAACAGGUACGAUCUCCCUCACUCGGAGCCAAAUUUAUUUGACAGGAAAGAUAUUUGUACGCACACACACAAACUGAAAGUCCAGUUUUAAAGUAGAUUUUAACGAUCUUACACAAAAAAAGAUUAAUUAUUCAAGAUUUUAAAUACCCACUCUGAUGAAAUAUUUUUCUUGUUGUCUACAUGUUCAUAUGGCACUUUUCUGAUGCUACAGGACAUAUCAUGAGACAAAUAAGUGUGAAUAUAGAAAGAUUUCCUAUGUCACAAUUCCAAGCUCCGCCCCCAGGCCAGACUUGGAGAAACAGAGUAUGCGUUAGCAGACUGCAAUGCUCCUAAGAAAGCUAAUAAUAAUAUUGGCUUCCAUCAUGGCCCUAAAGACAUUAGUGUCUGAGAGCUGAAUAGCUCCUAUGUUACCUCCCACUUCUACUACACCGGCAAUGUUAGGCUUCAAACUAGCGUGAAGAGGAGAGUGCAGAGCAGCGCUGUCUCCGUCCACGACUCAGAAGCAAAUUGCUAAUGAGCGACUGGAGCUCUGCAGAAGAAAAGUCCUUAAAAAACACAUGUAACACGAUUUUGACUAAAAACUGCAUGAUCACAAUUCAAAAACCACUGAUAUCAAUUUAAGAAGUUAAAAAAAAUAAAAUAAAGUAACGAUCAUAGUGGGACUCUGUCAUUCAAAGACCACUGAUAUCACUUUAAGAAGUUAAAAAAUAAAUAAAUAAAUAAAUAAAUAACGAUCAUAGUGGGACUCUGUCAUUUUUUUAGUAAGGUUUUCUUUUUCCUCAAGAGAAGCAGGAGAGGAGUCUGUGUUUUUAUGACAGCAGCAUGAGUUAAAUAUUAAUGUGUGAGCGUCUGGCUGUAAGCACAUGGGGUUAAUGGAUGCAUCAUCCUCUUAAACACUUUUUCACACCUGUGUGUGAGGGUUGCUACUACGAGGCAGAGCCUUUCAGUGAAAGCAGCUUUUAACCUCCACUCAGACAAUGCAUAUCCAAUAUUUACUCACCUUUAUUUUAUCUUCAACUCAACCAGAUGCUCCAUAGAUGGACAAGAGUACCGGUGCAGAAGAGAAAAGAUGCAGCUCUGCAGUUACAAUUCACCUAAAUCAACCCCGACAAAUAAAAAAACGGACACAUCCUCACUGAGAGGAAGCUCUGACCCAGUCUGACAAACUUAAAGCAGUGACAGCAUGAAACUGUCCUCAGUGUGAAUCUUUUUAUGCCCAAAGGAAGAGCAGUCAAUGAAACAAAAUGGCUCCCUUUGCUCAGUCAUUGCCGGCAAUUUGGCCUAGGUUUCCUUGGCAACACAAACUUGGUUUCUCACUGAGGACAAGGAGAGAUGGAGCUGUUAUAACGCAUCCGCAACAAUGCUCACAUCCAGCAGCAACAUGCAGCCUUGAUUUUGUUGUUUUCCUCAUCAGCUCUCCCCUCGGAGCUGGCAGGAGGGAUUGUUGUAAUGCAGAGCGGUUUCUUCAUCUCACAUAGACAUGAGUUAGCUGAGAAAGACAGAAUCAUAAUUAGGCAGAAAAAGUCAUAAAAUCUCCUUUCUUUUUUCACAUGCUGAGCAAUUCCUGUUCAGAUAUUAAACCAAAGUCUAUUUGGUACUUUUUUAUCAGUAUCAGAAGAUGUAUUUUGUGAUAGUUCUGGACCAGAGAUGAGCCUCCUGGGAGUUACAGGGGAAAUUGUAGUUUUUUUAUGGAUCAGUGACGCAGGAAGAAAAAACCCAUGCUGAAAUAAAAGGACCAGAAGACAUGAAGGUGUGUUCAUGCAGAAGAUAAGGCAAUGAAGAGGUGAAUUUAUUGAAAAAACUGGACUGGUCCUGUCAUCUGUGUCCAGAAAAUUACUAUGACUAUAGAAUAAACACAAAACAGUUGAAGACAAACAUCUGGAUCCACCUUUGACAAAUGCAGCUCAACAAAUCAGCCUCCCUUAAAAGCAGAUAUUUAGGAGAUUUAUGAGGGGAUGUUUGGGUAUGUUGGAUUUUUGUGUAUGGUCUUUGUCUUUUUAAAAGAAUGUGGUAAAUAUUUUACUGAUCUGACAUGAUUUACUCAGACAUUUCCAGAGUUUAAAUGUGAUUCUUGCUCCUGGAGUCCACAGUGCUUGUUGCACCUUCCUUUCUUCUUUAUUCUCUUUGUGGUUAGGUAUAAAGUUGAAUUCAUACAUCUUUAUCAUACAUCCUGUACAGUCGCUGCAGUAUGUAGUAGUGAUGUAAACGCAGGUGUUUCUUUGUCCUCUAGUAUCAGAUCAGACUUGCUCUUUAUUUGGUCAGACUCAGAUGACCUUUAUGGAAACCUUUCACUUCAAGUCCUCCAGUCAGCCUCCAUUUCAAACAAACCUCAGCUUAUCAGUAACCUAUUACUUCUUGCUCCAGCUGCCUGCACAAACAUUGGCUGAGGCAUUUGCCACAACUAUGUACACACUUUCAAAUACACUGAACACAAACACAGAUAUGUGAAACAUCCACGGAAGCACACGGCCUCACAGUACCUUGUUUUUUUGGACUAUGUAGCGAAUUUUGUUUUCAGCUGGCGCCGUCAUAAGGAGUCGUGUUUAUGUCACUGACAACAGAGUGUCUCCUUUUCCAACAAAACAGAUCCCUCAGCUACAUUUUUGUCCUCAGGAAUUUGGGCUGAUUUUUUUAAUAAGGGAUCCAAAAAAUUAGGUUUGUCAUUUGAGCUGCAGUGUCCACUUUCUCCGAAAUUGGAUUUGUGUGUCUGUGGAUUCAUGUGUGGGCAUCUAUUCUCCCAAGGCCAAUCUAGGUAAUGUGAUUGUGUUUAAUUCGCUCUUCACGUACCCUGGAGCCAAACAGAUGUUAUUUACCAGCUUGUUUGGGAUAAUAAAUAAUGCAAAUCACAUUUACCUGCCUCUGAAAAUACCUGUGGUGGAAUGGUCAAAUUUUCUAUAUCUCCAGUGACUGUUUUGUUCAGCCAAGUUUCACCAUGUUGCCUGAAUUUCUGUUGUAGAGACACACUCAAAAAGCCGUCUAUCAUAACAAUAAUAACUUGUGUUGCUUUCCUGCAGGUGGGGUUGGCAUUGCAGCCACUCAGCUUUGCAAGACAGUGAAGGACGUAACUGUGUUUGGCACAGCAUCGGCCAGCAAGCACGAGACCAUCAGCCAGGGUGGGGUCACGCAUCCAAUUGACUAUCGUACCAAGGACUAUGUGGAGGAAGUCCGCAAGAUCAGUCCCAAAGGUGAGAGAGUCGCCCAUCUGCACCUGAAAAAGAGCAGGAUAACUAGAGUUCACACUUCAACUGUCCAUCGUUGUUCAUUAUAGAGCUCACCGCAUUCAACCUGCAACUAUUUCCCUUUGAGAAAAGCGUCUCCAGUGCUGUCUCCAUUAGGGGUGGGAAUCAACAGUGGCCCUACAAUACAAUAUUAUCACCAUACUUGGGCCACUACACAAUAUUAUUGCGAUUUUAAACAUUUUGCAAUACCGUGAGUAUUGCAAUACAAUAUAUUGUGAUUUAUGAAAAAUGUUCAACUGUUUAGCUAAUUUAGCAUUUGUCUUUCCUUUAUAUUUGUCUUAUUUACACAAUAUUUUAUUUUCAUGUAGCACAUCUUAAAAACCUUAUAUAUAUUUGUUGCAAAAACUUUUUUCUGCUCUAUGAUGUCACCUUUGCCAACCUCACUGGACAAACAGUUGAUUUUCUUUUUCCAUUACCAUAGAUUUGACUUUAUAUUAACAAUUAAUCUGAAAAAUCGAUACUUGGUAAACGAGACAAUACGAUAUACCACGAUAUACUAUGCUGUAUGGAUUUUUUCUCCCACCCCUAGUCUCCAUGUCGUGCUGCUGUAUUUAGGCCUGCUGUUGUACGAAUAAAGACAUUUGAUAAUUGGUUUCGAUUCAAUUUCUUGUAAAAUCAAGAACAUUUUUGGCCACAUUUCCUCAUUUUAAACAUUUACCAACAGAUAUAGAGUUGAUCUGACAGUGUUUCCACAUUUUAAACGAUGAAAAAAAACUUAAAUGCAAAAAAAAAAGUAAACAACUAAAAGUGCUGCUACAACACUGUUGGGAUUACUCUGAUAGACUACAGAUGGACUUUAUAGAUUUUUCCAAAAGCACCGCCUCUAACAAAGUUUGACAUUUGUGUUGCCAAUCAGGAUUGAUGUAUUCAAAGCCUGUGAUAAUGUCAAAUAGUAAAGUUAGAUGGAUGUGGUUGAAUGCUAACAUUAACUAUACCUAAAUCCCACACCCCUCAAUAGGAUGACAGCUUACAUGUUUUUUGGAGCUGUAAUCCUGACUCUGACUCUAGCAGAAAUUGUAAACACGAUAAACAGUCUUCUGGAUGACUGCAGUAUUUGUUGAUCAGUGAUUAAUAAAGUGAGAAGACGUUUCAUACGCUUGUUUUCUUCUCUGAUGACACAGUUCUCAGCAGAGUUGGCUGCCAUGUUUGUCAGACUGACUGACAGUAUGUGGAGAGUCAUUUUUCCCAUCAGGCCAAGCAGUGACUGUUUCAGGCUUUUAAGCAAAAUUAAACAAACUCUUGUUCCUGAUUCUUUUUUCUUAUGCCGUCUGCUGUGUCUCCAGCAGGAUGGAGACAGUUUCGUGAGGCAGACUCAUUUUGUAGUCCCCUCUCCCUCUUGUAGCUGUUCUCAGUGACAUGGAGCGAGACAGACAGACAUUUCAGAGACGGAUAGGACGAGAGCCGGAGCUGACACUUUGGACAGAAUGUAUCUAAUUAGAGGCCUGGAUCAAUGUGAAACCCUGCCCGCUACCUUCCCCUUCUUUGGCUCUCUGUCAAUUCAUCUGUGCUGCGGUCAUGGCAGAAUCCUGCUGUGAGCCUCCUGCAAUCAAUAGAGGCAGAGUUUAGCAGAGCAAGGAGGGGUAGCCCAAUUUGAGGAGUCCCCUCUGGCACAAAGGAACAUCAUUAAGUCUGAGCUUGCAUGGCCAGACAUUAAUAAGCACACAGAGAAAGCUUCAUAGUUAGGUCGCAAUGCACCGCAAUUCGUCCCAAGGUCGGUUUGUUUCUCCCUCCACCCAGGAAAGGAAUGAACAAUGACAGAGACAUUUUAUCCCUCCUUUCUUAUCAGUGACAAGAAUGAGAAAACAAAAAACAAGAAGGCUCUCACCUCUCUCUCCUCCUCUCCUCUCUUGGCAUAUGAGCGGGCUCUUGCUCGUGUAAACAUGGCACAACUUGGCUACACUUGCUACUCCUAGUGAACUCUGGCAUGUGGAGGGGGCUGCUGAGGAGACUUGGCAGGCUGCUCUAACUAAAUCCAGACCUGUGAUAACUGCCCCCUUUCUUCUCUCUCCUGAUUCAGGGAUGGACAUUAUCCUGGACCCUCUGGGGGGAUCAGACACCCAUAAGGCCUACAACCUGCUGAAGCCUAUGGGCAAACUCAUCACCUAUGGUAAGUCAUAAAUAUAAAGAGAGAUGGGUAAAUAUCUUAAUCCGAAGAGACUUGGGUUGUACAGAGAAAAGAUACGCCUGCACAUGCAUGAGCUCUAUUUUAUCCUAACCCUAUAGGUGGCAUUUUUAUAGUAACUUUUAGUAUCUCCUGUUUUUUGGAGAUAGCUGCAACAAUCCAAAACAAAACUGGGACUUAGAUGCAGAGGAAGGCCCAGGACAAAGACUGCAAAUAAGAAAAAACGUUUUUUAAGGUUUGCACGCAGUGAUAGUAAAAGCAGCUGAGGCAAAAACAAGUUAGAGUCUUAAAAUCAGACAAGUAAAAGGCAGGAGAGCAUGAACACGCUGUGGCUGCAAUGAUAGUCUGACAGAAGGUGGGGAAACUCAUAGGAAUACCAUCUAUACAAAAACAUGUACAUCUUCAGUCUUUUGGCAUUGCCUAGAAUUAUGGAGAAUUUUGAAUUAUAUAUAAAUAUGGAUAGUUCCCAUCAUGCCACAGGCUGAGGCUGCUUUCUGGUGGGCUGUGUGACCUCGCAGCCGAGGUCCAUGUCCUCAGUGUUCAGCGUGUCACCCGUGGGAAGGCCUUCAGGCUCACUCUGCUGUGAUGCCAAUCUUGUACCAGCAUGCAUGCAACAGUGGGUGGGACCGGCAUCCAUGAAGAACAGGGCCUUGCCUUUGCAUGCUACACAAAAAAACCCACUACCCAGCAUGAUGCCCCCUACCCUUGCCCAUUCACCCUCUCUCAACCCUUCAAAAUCCCCACCGCCUCCACCAACACCAACCUCGCCCAACCCUCCCGGUCCCUCUGCGCUGCCUGCUCCUCUUCCAGUUUAUCAGAAGUAUGCACGGCUGAACAAUGGGUGUUUUAUCCACACGAAACCUGGAAUGUGUCUGAAUGUAGCAGGCCGGGUCCCUCUCUUCUCUCACAGCGAGCUUUGUGUCCCCUGGUUCCCCCGAGACACACACAGAGACAGGGAGAGCAGCAGGAUGUGUGAAAACAAAAAGAUGGGAGUGGAAGAGGAUGAUAGUGACAGUGGGAAGUGAGAAAAAGGUUUCCAGAGUGAAAGGUGUAGGUUAAAGUGUGACAUCUUUAUAAAAAGAGAAAGGGGAGGAUGAUGUAAACAGUAACUACAGACUCCAAACACCUGACAAUGCUCUUGCUAAUUUGACAAUGUACUAAAAGUAAUCAGGCUGUUUCUUUUAUUCACAAAAUCUCAAAAUGGGAUGAAAACAAAUCCUGAAAUAUGACCCAAGCCCAAAAUGAAGCUUCUAAAUGAUUUUUUUUACAAACCAACCUUCAAAAGUCAAGAUAGAUACCAAGAAAGUUGCAAAUCUAUAAAUGCUCUUUUUAAUAACGUUCAUGAUUUAAGAGGAGAGAAAACUUGAAGAUAAAAGUCUAAAUCGUGAGAAAAUGAAACACCAUGAACCACCUAUUUCAGGUGCAGCUAACAUGCUUGCUGGCCAGAAGAAGAACCUGCUGGCUGUGGCCAAGAACUGGUACCAUCAGUUCUCCAUCCACACCCUCAGCCUGAUUCAGGGGAACAAGUCAGUGUGCGGCUUCCACCUGGGCUACCUGGAUGGAGAGACAGAGCUCAUCAGCCAGGCCAUGAACAUCAUCCUGGAUCUGUACAAGGAGGGAAAAGUCAAGCCCCGCAUUGACUCCACCUGGCAUCUGGAGCAGGUUUGUGUCCCACUGAGGCUUUUCAUGUUUUUGUUUGCAGGUUGUGAGUAGAUUGUAGACUGGGUCUGGCAAUGAAGGCAAUGACUGUUACCUUCAGAGGAGGUUUACUAGGGUGAUCAUACAUCCUCUUUUACCCAGGCAUGUCCUCUUUUGGGGGGGGCUGUCCGGCCUGUUCAUGGUUUUGUAUGGAAGCCCAUUUCCGCCAGUGAAAAAAAAUAAAGAUGAGAUAAAAAGUCUUUUUUUUUUCCAAAAAACCUGGAACCUGUAUUCAUUCAGUAUAAAACAGUGCAGCGCAUCAGUGCUCUCUGCUGCUCUGCCCCUCUGCUCAACUCUACACAAAGCCACUGACGCAACAUACAAAUGCACUGUCUUUGGUAAUUCAGAAUAUGCAUUUGACUGAGUUAGAAGUGCAUAAAAAACACUCAAAUUUUGCUGUGUCCUGUUUUUGAGAAUUCGGAUUAUGGUCACUCUAGGUUUACUGUUCCUCAUAUGAGAGAUUAUGCCCUCUAAGGCACCUAUAAUAUCAGGUUUAAUUGAUGAGGAAACUGCAUCCAUGGAGCACAGCAAAGCUAUCCACUACAGCCACUAAAAGAGAAGUGAUAUGUUAGCUUUCAUGUGAUGGCCCUAACUCUUUGUCUCUUUGAUUUAAAACUCAAAAUAGUCAUUUCCAUCCAAUAAGCUGCUAGCACACUGAAAUCCAGUAAAUACAACCAGACUUAACUACUACUCAGCAGCAUAAAUGAGCUCAUAUUUGAACCACAGUUUUUUUCAUUACUUCUUCAGAUACAUGUUUCUACUAACCUGGUUCUGAAUUUAAAAUCGAGAUCCAUUAAUAUGUGUUAGUGUAAUAUAAAGCCUUUUAUGCUCUUCAGAGUGUUUCAUUGUGACAUUUGCGCAUUUAUUUCUACGCCCUGAGUUCUCAGCCCAGUCACCUAGAUCCAUGUGAAUGUAAGGUGGGUUUGUGUGUGCAUGUGUGAGCUUUGCAGCAGGUCUGUAGGAGCUGGGUGUGGUUCGACGUCCAUCGAGUGAAGUUUGUCCACAAGAAGCUCUGUGUGUCAUCCAGCAUCAGUCACUCAGCCAGACACAGUCAGCUUGUUUCUGACAAAAUGAACACUGCAAACAGAUCUGAAUAGGGAGAGUGUGAGAAACACAGAGAGAAGGAGGGAGUCUGAGGCUGACAUCUUCUGUUGUCAAAGUCAGAGCUGGUCACUGUUUUUUUUUUUUUUUUUUUUGGCCUGAGAGAAACACCCGCUGUCUUUCGCCGCCAUCUGACGCUCUUUCUCUGCCUCUCCAUCUGUCUGCUCUUUCUAUCUCUCUCUUUCUAUGUCUUUAGGUUAUUGACUCUAUCCCUGUCUUUCUCCAUCUUGCCUUUAUUCCCUCCUUCUCCCUCAGCACAGUGUAUCUUUUUUGCUUUUUCUCUCUUGUUGCUAUGGUGACAUCCUUUAGUCGGUGUGUGCGUCUGUCUCAGGGAGGGGCCCUGAUGUAUGAAAAAAGAGACAUGGAUAGAGCGCAGAAAAACAGAGGAAGGUAAAGCUCAGGGUGUGUUAAGUUUCGAGUGUUUAUCUUCGAACACAAAGAAGAAGAAUGAUUUUCAGGGAUUAUCUGCAUAAAUGAUGGAUUAUAGGAAUUGAAAGGCCACGCCCAGACUUCAUUCUUCACAGCAUUAUUCGUCCAUGUUUUGUUUCCAUAAUCAAUACACAUGAUUGGAUGAUAUUGGCAUAAGGAAAUAAGCAUUAUCCUGUCAUCCUGUGGUUUUCCCGUGUAUCAUUAUCUACAUCUCAGCUGAUACCCAAGAUGAUCACGGUCCUGUCUGUGGCCACAAAUAGCACACACUCCAGUCUGAGAUGCCCGGGAGGCAGAGAGGUAGAGAGAGUGAUGGGUAGUAGUGGGUGGACCCAUCACUCUCCCUUUUGGACUUUCAUUCACAUCAGAUAUAAUUCUAAUAAUUCUCAAACUCCCUCCUCCAUGUUGGUUUUUUUGGUAAGCUGUGUUCUACCAGUUGCUUCCCAUUUACCCUCCUCCCGCCUCCACUUCAAACCCCCCCUCCCUCCUUCCUCCCUCCUCCCGCGUGUCGGAGUUGUCAGGGCCACGUUUCAGCCAGGCUUUACGUUGCUAGGAGAUGGCCCUGUUGCCGUGGCAUUGGUCGCUAGGUGGUCUGCCUGCCUCGCACGCAGAGGGAGGACGGAGGAGGGGGGGGGGGGGGGGGGCAGGAGCAGACAGUGGACGGAGAGCAGCGGUCAAGAGGAGGGUGGGGUUGGUGUGGCUGGGCUAGGAGUCUCCUCUUGUCUUCGUGACAAUGGUGAGAGUCUGUGAGAACAAAUCAGUGCAUCUUUCUCUGGAAAACAAAUAUCUCUGUCCUGAAGAAUGAAAUGUUUGAUCAGUGGAGUCACAUUUAAGUGAAGACUUAUCCUUCCUUUGUUGAAGUGAUCCUCUGUAACAAACAUCUUCCAGCAUCCCUGCCAGUUUAACCAGUUAGCAGCUGAGUGCUUUAAAGGUUAGGUUUCCAUUUUUUACAGUCUAUCUUUGAACAACAUUAUAUUUAUAUUCAUUGCAAGAGUUUUUGGUCACUGUCUUUCUAUGACGACUCUGGUACCUCUUAAUUCUUCCCUGAUUUUGUCCUAAACACAUGAUAAACCUGAUCCAACAUUCAAAUGCAGGAGCCAUUUUUCUUUGAGUCAACAACAGUUGAUCACUUCAUCUGACUCCUAAACCCAUGGCAGCAUUUUCAGGCAUUAAAAAUGUCUGUAUGGAAAUAAUCAAUCUUGCUGCUAAUGGUCUUGUUUGCGUUUGUAGGUCAUAAAGAGACACCAGCAUUAGAUUUAAUGUGUUUUAAACAAGCUGAUACUUCUCACUGGAAUGUGAAAAAUAUGUGGAAAGACUAGAUGUACAUUUAUUCUUCUUCAGGCGGUAGAUGUGCUGAGAACUAAAACCCAGUUCCCAGAUCCUCUGAGCUUAGACAGAAAAUUAAACACAAUUUUAGUUGCCUUGCCAAUUUGCAGUAAAGAAAUCAUUUUGAUAUUUUUAUUCAGAAACUUACCUCUGGAUAAUUGUUACACAGAUCACUUAAGCCUAGACUAAACCAAGCUGAUGUGGAUGAUGAAAUUUUAAGCUAAAUAAACCCUCUUGAGUUUGUGGUUUAACACUCAGAUUGGAUCGCAUUAAAGAGGAUCUCUAUCCGUCAGUAUGAACAGUACUUAAUCAGGCAUUCUUACAGCACGUGUGGGGGCGUGAAUGUUGCUUUAGGGCAGAUUGGGAAAAAUAUGAUUUUAUCAAUAAUGGGAUCUGCAGCGGAUUAUUGAUUGGCUCAUCUGGAGCGGACUCUUCCAUCUGAGAGAAUGGCUAAAUACAACAAAAAUGACUCAGUGCACUGUUUGUUUUCUAUCACUUUUCUGAAAUUAACUCAUCACAACAUAAUUUUGUAAAAAAGUAAAGAUUAAAAAGAGACAGAUCAUCUCAUUAGAGCCAUGAUUUAACUCUAGGGUUUCACAACAUUUGGUUUUCUGCCACCUGAUGACUCUGGGAGUGAAAGCAUCUGUUUGCAGUGCAUUAUUUCUCUCUUUUAUUGUAUUUGUCAUCCUCUCCUCUUUUACUUUUGGCUUGUAGCUUGCUGCAACAAUUUCAUUUCCCCUCCAACAUUAUUAAAGUCUCAUCUAAACAGACGUAGUUUCUCAUAAACUGCAUAUUAAAAUGAUAUUUCCAGACCGUGUAAAAUGUGCUCCUCGUCUGUGAUAUCAAAAUAGAAGAUUAAAGGCACAGGAUGUGAGUAAUGUUGUGCAUCUGCAAACAUGUGUGGAGGAGAAACUCGAUGGCUUUUUACUCAAUGACAUUUUUUAAAAAAAAUCUCCGUCAGCCUCCUUUCACCGAUCACUCAGUCAUCGAGCCUUGUGUAACUCUUUCUCUAUUUUCUUCUCCUUCUGAAGGUGGGUGAUGCCAUGAGAAAGAUGCAGGAGAGGAACAACAUCGGCAAAGUGAUCCUCACCACGGAGCCCAUGCCAGAGGAGGAGAAGAAGGAGGAACCCAAGAAGGAGGAUAAGAAAGAGGACAAGAAGAAGGAUGACAAGAAGAAGGAUGACAAGAAGAAGGACGAUGGCAAGAAGGAGGAGAAGAAGGACGACAAGAAGAAGGAGGAGCCCAAGAAGGAGGAGAAGAAAGAGGAGGAGAAGAAAGAAGAGGCCAAGAAAGAGGAGAAGUGAGGGGGAGAGGGAUAGUCGAGUAGACCAGCAGGGAGUUUGUUCUCUGGGAGCAAAGGGUGGGGUGUGUAGGGGGGGUGGGGGGUGGAUGGGAUAGGAGAGUGGGGAUGGAGGUUAGGCAGGGAUGGGAGUUAGAAAGGUAGAUUACAAUGUUAUUACACCGCUGUCAGUUUUUCAUCUGUUCCCCCUCCACAUCACCUCAUCCUCAUGAGUCCUCUCUGACAGUGAUUACUCCAGCCUAGCUCCGCCCACUCCCCCUCCACCCCCCAAUUUCUUGCCUUCAGCUAAAAAAAAAUGAUUUUUUUGAUGGCGUGUGACGCCUCCUAGCUCCAACUCAUCUAUUUGCAUCACUAGAUGAAAACAAAUGCAAAAUUUGAUCACUUUUUACCUUUUGCCAAUUGUAGAGGAUUGUGGGUGUGAGCAAGACGUGGGACAAAUUACUGUUUCCUUGACAACCACAAUCCCCGCUUUCACUCUUGCCCCGCCCUCAUCCCUCACGCACCUCAACUCCCACAGCACUAAAUUGUUCUGCUCUGACUUCCACCUGCCACCUUCUCUUCCUCCCUCCUCAUCACUGUGCUGAGUCCACCCACCACACCACCCACCCACACCCCCACCCACACCACCACCACCAACACCACCACCAUCCCUGGGCCAGACCCACAGACAGGCACAAAGAGCAGCAGAUACACUGAGAACCACACCCACCCACACACGUUGCUCUCUUAGUGUCCAGCGCUUAGUUAUGUCACUGAAGGAUGAGUCAGAGAAGCUUGUGAUUGGCUGAAGCCUCCCGCCUCCCCUGGAGAUAUUUACAUCACACUUGUGACCAUGACGUUUGCUCAGUUCAAGUAUUACUGCUCCAACUUUGUUCGGCAUCGAUAUUACAUCGGUUUGUACCACUCCCUGGGAAUCGGCUUCAUAGUGCAUGCAUUCCCAUCCGAUUUGAGCACACUGGCUGCAGUUUUUGCACUCGCCUGAAUAUGAAUUUCCCUCAUAAUGAGCCUUUCUGUGCAGUGCUGAAUAGGGAGGCAGAAAUCAUUGCUCAGCUUCCUUCUCCUUAGUUACAGAUUUUUCUAGCUGACCAACUGUUGGCAAGAAGUGUGCGGUGCCAAUUAAGAGAGAAUUUGUUUCUGUUCAAACAAGCCACACAUACACACACACACAUGCACACACAAACAUACACACUGUGAAUGUGAUGAAAGGGGCACUGUCACGCUGAGACAGUGAAGUGUCUGAAAUGAGCGAGUUGAGAAGGUGAAUACCGGUCUGGUUUUCCCUCCCCCUCUCUCUUCCUCUCCCUAAUUCUUCCUUGAGGCAUUCCUCGGCAUUCUGCUCCUUUCAAAGUGACCGCCGGCCUGUCCAUCACCCUGACCUGAGAGAGGAGGAUUCAAUUCAAGCAGGCGUCCACACUUCUUCGCCUCCCCUGCUUUUCUCUCGCCCUCCUCUUUCCAUUUCCCUCUCUAUAGUCGGCAUAGCAACAGGCGUCAGGCUCGUCAGAGGAGGCUGUGGCCUUCUUCUCCAACUCUCUCGCUAUCGGCGUGUCUCUAUUCUGCCUUCGAGUUCAAUUUGCCAGUGCACAUUGUUGUAGAUCCAGUGUUUCAACAGGUGCAAAAUGAGAAAGGGGGUGUUUGUAUCACUGUUUGCACAAACCAGUCUAAAACUGAAACCCAGUAUUGACGAAGUGUGUGUGUGUGUGCAGGAUAAAGCAGCACACCGCUCCCCCUAAUGGCCAGUGUGGAUUCAGUCUCACUGGUGUAAAUUCAUUUCAGUAUAAUCCCCAGUAUUUCAUCACAAAUCCCCCUGGGUGGACUCUAAAUCUUUCAAGUAGGAGGAUAUCAACUCUAAACCCCGCAUUAAACCUGACAUUUAUCUACCUGCUCCCCCUACCCCUCACACACUCACUCACCAACUUACCCACUCACUCACACCCUAGCCCACCCCACUGCCUACCUGCCUGUCUGUGAGCCCGGCCUCAGCGUUCAGACUCAGAUGGUGACUAGUGACUUUGUAAAAAACAAAAAGAAAAUGUUUGGGAAAAAAAGAUAAAAAGUUGUUGUGUUAGCAUGAGUGGCCUCCCUCAUGUGCUGUGUGUGGUGUGCCAUUGUGUGUGAAGAUGUGUGUGUCCUCAGGUCGUCUGUCAGGUUUUAAAAAGCACCCAAUCCAGCCCCCUUCACACACUACCCUGCUACAGUAUUAUGUGGCUCCAACCCCACCCUCCUUCUCUCCAUCCCUUCCUCCUCCAUCCCUCCCUCCCUCCCCUCCUGUCUGAUAAAGAGGCCUGUGUUAUGAGGACAGUUGGUAUUAGUAUUUUGCACUCUGCUCGCUGAUCUUAAUGCACUUAAGAGCAUGGCAGUCGCACUCCAGUCCCACGCAGGCUUUGAUUCUGCUCCAGGUUUGCAACCCUGUUUCCCAUCAUGCACUCCCAGUGUAUCUGCUGAAGCUCUCUGAAAGCACAGGUGGCACACAUACACACAGAAAACACACACAUAUACUGAUGUCCCUGCUAGGCCAACUUCUCCUGGGUGGCAGCUAAAAUCAAAGCAUUCAUCCAUCCUUGACAGUUUGAGGUAAAACAUGGAGCGGGGCAGAGUGGACCGGGCUGGAGUGCGAAUGCCACGCUGGUGUGGGGAGUGACUGUGUCCUGUCAGCCUCUGGUUAGUGUUCUGUUCUAAUCUGCUGGGCUCCCUUUGUGAACCUGUGGACGGUGCUUCUGUUUCCGAGUGCCAUGUGAGAAACAAACGCUUCAGUAAAAAAAAUAAAAAAGGAUGUUUUACUUAAUAUGUUAUUUUAAUUUUACCUUUUUUUCCUGUUUGUUUGUUUAUUUGUUUGUUUCGUUAUCCAAGGGUUUAAAGUUCAAAGCUCAUGCUCUUUAUGUGGGGACCUGCCAACCUGCACCCCUUUGAAAUGUGACUUCUGUUGGUCCAAACCAUGUGUGCCAAAUUGUAUAUUCCUCUGUCAAUGCUUUGAAUAUUAACAGUGCAUAAAAGAUAUGAAGAAAGUUCUGUUUUUGGAUGCAUUUCCAUCAGCCUUGAGGAAAAAUGAAAACACAAAAGAGUUGUCACAGUGUGUCAGAUUUGUAUCCCAAACACUCAUGGGUGCUGACAGACUUUUUGCUGCAGUUUACAAAAAAAUGUGCCGUUUUGGAUUGGUCGCAGUCUUGCUAAAUCGUGGGCCUGUACUGUGCCUCUCUCUCCUUGCACGCAGCUAACCUCGAUCUGAGGCACCACACUUCAUAUUUGAGUCCUUUUCACUGUGCUUAACCAGCUCUCACAUCAUGCCAACACCAACAGGCUGAUUCCUUAAAAGUGUUUACAAUCAUAGUUUUAGUAUCAUGGGGAGAAAAGGAACAUGGUGCAAAACUCCGCCAAAAAUUACAAAGGUUUGUACAAAUUAGCAAAAAAUCCUCAAGUCCAUGGUUUUUCUCUCUAUGGGUUUCUCCUCCUUGCUUGUCAAUAAAGUGAGGGAGCAGAUGUCUGCACAGACAGCUGUGCAGGGAUGCCAGUGUUGUAACACAGCUGCAUAAACCCCCAGCUUAUUGGCUGAUCGUAGCUCAGCCCUGGCCUCCCCCAGACACAACAUUUCCGGUUUACAGCUGAUCUCAGUUCACUCAAGGAUUAUUCGAGACGUUCCUCUUUUCCUGUGCUGCAUCCGCAGAGCCUCUUGGCUGGUUCAGCAGUCGCAGUCAAGCAGCAGCCGGCCAAAACUCUUUUCCAUUUCCCCCUUCCCUGCUCCAUACACAUUCAUUCAAAUCAAACAUUACUAUGACAUCUGGAAUUUGAAAUUGCAUGCAUUCAUCCACAUGUGGAAAACAGAUUGUGAUCUCUCUCUUUCUCACAACAUUUCCCUCGGUUCUUUGGAGUUAUAAGAUGCCUUCGAGAUGAACUCAAUCAGUUGGGCGGAUGGCUUGCUGCCUCAGAGCACUUCUAUUACAGUGAAGCUGCAGUGGAUGUCAUCUGUAAACGCUUUCCAAGUCAUUCCAGACACUUAUGCAAGAGUACCUAGCAACUCAAAGAGAUGCAAAGGAGAAAAACAGAGUUUCAGAGUAACAACAAACACAAAAAUCUGAACUCUUUCAGUUCUAGAUGUGAUAUAAACACGUGUAGAUUUAGGUAAGAAGAAUGCACUAAGACGAUGAGUGUAGUAUUUCCUAUAACUCCUCUUCUGUCUGUCUUGUCUUGUACAGCUGAUGUCCCUCACAGACACCCACUGUUCAGCUUUGAGGUGAAUUUCUUUGUUUUUAUGGUUUCUCAGGUCAUUCCAAACAGCAUUUUCUUCAUGUAAGAAACCACACAUCAUUUUGUCUCACUGCACAAGCUGUCCCACCGAUUUUCCUGCUCACCUUCCACGUCUGAUGCAAGCUUUAGCAUUCUGAGUCAGUGGAUAAUUUUUCAAUUCAGAUCCACUGUGUUCACUCAUCCACACUGAGAACCCAAACAACCACAUCUUCUCGCAGCUAUUCUUCUUGUUUUUUUCACUCUUUACUGUAUCGCAUUGAAGCAACAUUAUGGAGAUGCUAUAUAACUACAACCUGGCUGGGCUUGUCAUGUGUAGUAGUUGGAUGCAUGUUUAGUCAGCCUGAAAUUAUAGCAUAUGUUUCUGUAAAGCCUGCGGUCUCUUUCCAUGAUAGUUAAGUCGUCAUGUAGAGUGGUGUGAGCGAGGAGAAAGCCCUUCGAGCCGUUAACAGUUGCCAACUGAAGCCAAUCCACUGCCCCUCUGUGCCACCUGAUUUCCUCUUCUCACUUUCUGCGUGGGCACUGUCAUGACACACCUUAACCUAUCUCUGGGAAUGCUUCAGAAACUCACUUCACGUCCGUCCCUUCACAAACCUCCAGCUAGAAAUUUUCUACAAGGCAUACCCAAACAGGUUGAUUUCCAAGCUAGUUCUCCUCUCCUUGUUUUUUUUUCCUGGUUGCAAACACUCUUCUCAUCUCAACUUUGUUUUUUAAACCCUUUGAAUUGAUGCUGCUUCUGUGCUUGACUCUGGGUUUACUGCGUGGUGCCAUGUUGUCCACAUGGCUUCUAGAGCUUGUAACGCUUCAGUGUGUAAUGUUACCAUAUGCCUUACAUGUUUUCCAGGACUAAUAAAAAAGCAUAACAAAAUGUCUGAA